AGCAAAUCAGUUCUCGUAGAGUGGAUAUGUGCGUGCUUUGGAACUGAGUCCAUAAGAUUGCGUUGCGUUGCUGUAACUUCUGAUAUUUUUUUAAGAAACAUAGACGCACAUUUGUAGUGCCUAAGUGAAGUCAACGAAACAUUCUACAUUCGUGUCUAUAUUGUGAUAAUUAUUUUGUGAAAUUGUUAUCGAGUUUCUAUCGACGUACGGAGUUUUAGUCACCAUGCAGUGCGCCGCUGCUCCCAUGCCCAGGAACUUCACGAUCAAUUCCAUACUGAGGCCGACUAUGCCGGAUCUUCCCGACUCGACUAUGCCAGAAUUUUCGCUUGCGAUGAAAUUGAAAAAGGAACAUUCAGACUUAGAAGAGGUACAGAAUAGUGAAGAAAAUUCCCGUGAUCAGACGCUUCUGCAGCCCGAUGAUGAAGUGCCCGAAGAAAUUGAAGAUGAAGUUGAUUUGGGUGACGAUCGAGUUGAGGAUCACGGGGAAGGUCUUGAUCCUGGUAACGAUGGGGAGGAGGACGCGAAUGGCGGUGGGGAAGGAGGAGGAAAUAAAGGUUCCCACAAGAAGCCACACUACAGCUACAACGCCCUGAUCAUGAUGGCGAUCCGGUCGUCCCCGGAGAAACGGCUGACGCUAAGCGGCAUCUACGACUUCAUCAUGACGAACUUCCCUUACUACCGCGACAACAGACAAGGCUGGCAGAACUCGAUCCGCCACAACCUGAGCCUAAACAAAUGCUUCGUUAAAGUCCCCAGACACUACGAUGACCCCGGCAAAGGAAACUACUGGAUGCUCGAUCCAUCGGCUGAUGACGUCUUCAUCGGUAACACAACCGGCAAACUUAGAAGAAGGUCGACACCUUCCUCGCGGAAUAGAAUAUCAUCUUUGAGACAUUGUUUUCUAGGGGGAGUUUUUGGACCGUAUUUGUACCCUCACUCGUCUCCUGCCCCGUCGUUGGCAGCGGCCGCUGCUGCUGCGGCAGCAACUGCUGCAUAUUACAGAAGUGCUCAUAUUUCUAGAGCCCACCACCAACUGGGGUUGCCACCGCCCCACCAGAUUGCCAUGGCCUACGGGUUGCCCGCUGUUCACGGGACCCCACCAACAGGUUCCCCUGCAAUGCCGUCCACGGGAACCUCCGGAAUUCCACCCACGGGCCAUUCUCCGCACUUUGCAAUCGGGCCCAACAGUCUAGAGAAUUUCGCACGACAGUUUGGUCUUUCUGGCGGUGGAAAUUCGUACGGAACAUCUAUUCCUUCUGUUGGUCACGGGAUAGAUCAUAGUGGACAACUUCCUCCAGCUAUCCACAACUCUUCCAUGGGAACUCUACCGAUUAGUGCAGAUUUGAAUCAAGUGUCACACUUGAGACUGAGCAAUCAUGAUAGAUUAUUGAACAGUAUUUUAGCUUCGGAAAAUCAUCGAAGGCCCACGCAAUAUUCUUCCGCCUUCACCGUCGACAACUUACUAAGUUCGAGACCUAAACCUUCACUAGGAAACGUCAUCGUGCUAGCCAAUGAUUCAAGUUAUUUCGGUGCUAGUAGAUACGAAGAGAGUAUAAAGGCGAGUACUAAGUGAUGUGUAUACUUGAAAACAUGUAAAAAAACUUUGGUUCCAAAUACUGUACAUAGCCUGUAACAUGCCGAUGCAAUAAUGGUGUAGGAAAUAAAUGCAUUUACAACAGAAAUAUUCAUUUGUUUUAUUUUCGCCUUCGAUGAAAUUUGCGAUUUAAAAAGCGAAGAGAAAUAACCGGAUAUAAUAAAGAAGAGGAAUGGAUGAAUGCACAAAUAAAUUUAAUCGUUCACUGAAAAAUUCCCGUAAGUUUGUGAAUUAUGUGGGAAGACGCAAGAGCUAUUUGUGCUAACAGAAAUUUUAACAGUGUUCAUUGAUUUGAAAUUUUGAAAUUCAAGAAAUUCUUCACAACCAGCGACGAAAUAAUGCGACAUCAAAACGCCCAUCCAAGUUAAUUUGUAAUCUGAAGAAAUGCUGUGGUGCUCAAGUGAUGAA